GAAUGGCUCAUGUAAGCGUUGCACAGCCUACCCGACGUACAACAGAUGAGAGGCUACUGGCGUGAUCUACAUACCAAAGCACCCCAAGACGGGGUCUUGCAAGACUUAAGCCUAUUCUUUGAUGGGCUCCCCAAUGAAGGCGUGAGUCAGGUAGAUAGGGCCCAGGAUCCCACAAAGCCUUCUCAUCUUCUUGGAGUACCAUACGAGAUUGCGCUUCACAUCUUCACAUUCCUCGACUUUGAAACCCUACGCGAUGGCAUGAGCCUCACAAGCCGUAAUAUUCGACAUGCUUGCGGCGAUAUUCUUUUCCGGGCUUUCAAAUAUCGUGCUGUACUCUGCAGCAACGACUUCGGGGAGCUCCAUCAGUUCACGAAUACCUCUUUGGCAUCCUUGGUCAAGCAUAUAACUCUCCAGGUCACUGGCCCCCGCUCUAUUCGCCAUGUGAAAGGGGGGGAAGCGCGGAGAUCUCUCGAAACACUAAUAGAUAUACUUUCCAAAUUCCCACAUCUCAUCAAGUUGGAGCUGGCUGGUGUUCACAAACUUCUCCUGGAGAGUUCCCCCACCGUGUGGACCUCCUUCGGACAUCACCAGCUUGAAAGCGUUACGUUAUCUAUGCGUGACGAUAUCACACAAUUAAAGUGGGGACGUUUUUUGACCUCACAGCCCUGUCUUCAGCACUUAGCGAUCUCCAAUGCCAAAACUUUUGAUAUCCCCCCUAUCCCCUCACUCAAAACCGUGGAGAUCAAUUCGGUCUGGGGGAAUAUCCGCUUUCCCAACGACAUGUCCACUCUACAUGCAUUGGAAUACCUCUCCGUCAAACACGUCACCAGACUCUCCUUGUCAGACCUACCAUCUUUAAAAAGACUUGAUUGUUACUCGAUCGACACAUUGAUCACACAUUCGACACUCCCAAAUCUUAAGGACGUUCGUUUGAGUGGGAUAAGCGACUUCAUUUUCCCCCCAACUCCACUCCCUUCCUUGUCGCGAAUCUGCAUAGACGGUGCCCAACAACUCCUUGCACGUGGAUGUACAACGCUCCAUUCCGUGGAAUUGUGCCGCUUCUGGGGGAUUCUCCCCGAUCUGAACGUGCUAAAGGAUUCUGCAUCAUCACUACGUCACCUCAUUUAUGAAAUCCCCGAGCCACAGGACGUGGUCCCGCCGUCCUACUAUCGAAUUACCGAAACAUUCACUUGUCUUAUUAGUUUGACCGUCCGAUUCAGCGAUGCUCUGCUUCGGCUACACUGGCCCCCUUCCGCGCAGAAGUGCCCUACCAGCUCGUUACUCGGCCUUUUGCAAUCAUUAAAGCACCUUGCGAUAAUUAACUGGGACGUCAAAGUAUUGCGCGUGGACCCCCAGUCCGAUCCGACGACACAGGAGGUUGUAGAUUGGCUCGAUAACUUCGCAAUGGGCUGUAUGAACGCUGGUCCCUCGCUCCUCGAUGUCGACUUGAGUUGUCAUCGCUACAUCAGUCCCCCCGAGGACCAUGAUGAACCUCUAUACUGGAGGAGAAUGCAUACCAGGUCCUCCGUCGAACAACCUUUUGCUUUGAAUGUGUCCUAGAUCGAUGGCACGUCCUGGACGUGGUAACUGCACCCCCAGCUAAGGGGACGCUGAGACAAACAGUAAAUACAAGGCAUAUGCCACGCUCCACCGUUGCUGCUGCCCACUCGUCAAUGUGUAGGAAUUUCACAGUAUUUGUCUGUCCUCCAGUGCUUGCCAGGGUGAUACGCUGGUGUACAUGAAUCAGUCAACAAGAUAAUCAAC